AUGGCGGAGAACAAGAAGUUCGGCCAGCCCAGCGUCUCACCGGCGCUCAAGGGCUUUGCCGGUUCCAUUGGCGGCGUAGCUGAGGCUUGCUGCUUACAGCCGAUGGACGUAAUUAAGACGCGCUUGCAGCUGGACAAGGUUGGCAAGUACAAGGGCAUCAUCGACUGCGGUCGGCAGAUAUACACAGAAGAGGGUAUCGGAGCGCUCUGGAAGGGCCUAACACCUUUCGCAACUCACCUCACACUAAAAUAUGCGUUGCGGAUGGGCUCCAACAGCGUCUACCAGGGCCUGCUGCGGGAUGAGAACGGCAAGCUGACCGACGGCCGCCGCAUGCUAGCCGGAUUUAUGGCGGGAAUCACGGAGGCUCUCGUCAUCGUGACGCCCUUCGAGGUCGUCAAGAUCCGACUUCAACAACAGAAGGGCCUGGCCAAGGAGCACUUCAAGUACAAGGGCCCCAUCCACUGCGCCACGACCGUACUCCGAGAGGAGGGCAUUCGGGGCAUGUGGUCCGGUGCCACACCCACCAUCCUGCGCAACGGCACCAACCAGAUGUGCCUCUUCUGGGCCAAGAACAACGCCGAUGCGUUGCUGUGGGGCAAGCACGAGGGCGACGGCAAGAUCCUCACGCCCGUACAGUCUAUGACGUCAGGCUUCCUUGCUGCGCUGCUUGGGCCGGUGGCCACAGGACCGUUCGACGUGGCCAAGACGCGGCUGAUGGCGCAGACGAAGACUUCCGAGGGCGUGCGUUAUAAGGGCUUUUUCGACGCGUUGGUACGCAUUCCCGCGGAGGAGGGCGUGAUGGCGAUGUGGAAGGGGUUAUUGCCGCGGCUGUUGCGUAUUCCGCCCGGCCAAGCGAUCGUGUGGGCGGUCAGCGACCAGAUCACGGGCUACUUUGAGCGUCAGGCGCUGCUGCAGUCGGGUCGCUUGACAGCGUGA